GACAGAUAACAGAGGCUUUAAAGCGGCGAAGUUUACAUCCUAACGAACACUCAAACAAUGUAAGAAUAACUUCUCGCAAUCGAGUUACUUUAGUUGCACUUGUCAUGCGUGUCUGCCGCAAGAUUGUUUUGUUUAAAGUUGAGUAUAAGGUACUUAUAUAUAUAGGAACUGUGUUUUUGAUAUCAGGAAUAUGCGACAUAUUUCCGUCUGCGAUUUCCAAAUCCUACUUCUCACGAAAAGAUAAUUUCAUAAACCAGUAUUUUGUCAAGCGCGGAUGGGGUUGGACACUGCUAAUUGUUGGCUUGUUCAUUUUUUUAACCAGUAGGACAUACUGUCGUGGUGAUAAAAAGCUCAUUAGUAAACAUAUGAGUCGGCUCCUUAUCGCGACUGUAAUGUGGUUUUCUUGCACAUUCCUGUUCGAAUACAUUGAAUGGUUGACUGGUAAGUGUGAAAAACGAGAUAUUGAAACUAAAGAUUUGUGUAAGAAAAGUGGACAUGAAUGGCAGGGAUUUGAUAUAUCAGGGCAUACAUUUCUUUUGAUUUACUGUGGCUUGAUCAUCAUGGAAGAAGGAAGGUGUAUUACAGUAUGGGAAGGAAUUGGAAAACAGAUUGUACAAAAUUAUGUGUUUGAAGCUAAUAUUAGAAAUAGUACAUUGAGGAGACUGUCAGAAAACGAAAUUUCAGAACUGAGAAAGUCGUAUAAGAAAUUGACACCAUUUGUGCAAUUGACGUUUGUCUUGAUGACUAUUUUAUUGUUAAUGUGGGAUGUUAUGUUGAUGGCAACUAUUGUUUACUUUCACAGCAUUGCUCAGAAAUCAGUUGGAGGCAUCAUUGCUACUGGUGCAUGGCUUGUUACUUACUGCAAAUUGUUUCGAAUGAAACACUCUCCUGGACUUCCUGGGGAAGGUUUGUUACGGUUUCAAAGAAAUUCUGCAUGGUAAUAGAAGUAUUAUCAAAGCUAAAGUGAAGGAGGUACCAGUUCAUUGCAACUUUUUUGAAGUACUCUCACAACAUUGAAUUGUUAGAUUUUUUUAUUAUGCAACGUUGAAAUUAAAGAUUACCAUUGAAUGAUUGAUGCAGAAGAAAAGUUCCCUUUCUUACAAAUCAACAAAAAUAUUUUUAAAAAAGAAGCACUUUGUACAAAUUUAUAAAAUUAAGUAAUUUAUAAUAACUUUUCAGCAUAAUAAUGCACAAAGGAUUUAAGAAUUAACAAUAUGUAAAAAAACCUGACAAGUUUUGACAGGCCAAGAAUGUCAUUCUUGAGAGAUGAAGUAAAACUGAUUUCAGCAUCUCGUGAGCUCGGGUUCAAAAGUCAAUGUUAAGUAAUCAUAAUAGAGUGCAAAAACUAAAUAGAAAAUAUUACAUCCAAUGCUGUUAUCAGAUUUUUACACUUAGUAUUUCUUGUUUUAAUAAUGGAAGAUCUGUAAAACAUUUGUGAAUCUUUAGUGUAAUUGGAAAGAUGGGGCCAUUGAUGUUUUAGUACAAUGAAAAUAUAUUCACUAAACUUGUUUAUUUCCAACAAGAUCUCAAACACUACCUUUAAUGUUAAAAAAAAUUAUACCAAAAUGUUGAAUUAUUUUUUAUUGCUGGUACAAUGGUUAAGGAAGAGUAUGACUAUCCCUAGGCCCGGCAUGGCCAGGUGGUAAGGGGGCUCGACUCGUAAUCUGAGGGUCGCGGGUUCAACUCCCCAUCACACCAAACAUGCCAACCUCCGCCUUUGCCUGGUCCCAAGUCCAGGAUGA